AUGGCUAGAAAGAAAGUUAAGAUUACUUACAUUCUCAAUAAUAAUGUGAGAAAAAACACAUUCAAGAAAAGAAAACUUAGUGUUGUGAAGCAACUAGAUGAACUCACCACUCUCUGUGACAUUGAAGCGUGUACCUUCAUGUAUAGUGACUUUGAUCCCCAACCUUUUGUUUGGCCGUCCAUGGAUGAAGUACGAAGACUCAUCACGAAGUACCAGAGUUUUCCGAAGGCUGGUCAAGGAAAACGAAAGGUCAACCAAGAGACCUUUACGAGGCAAAGGCUCCAAAAACUACAAGAGAAACUAAGAAAACGUGAAAGAGAGAUCCGUCAUAACGAGAUGACGCAUAUCAUGUUUCAAUCAAUGAUGAAUCCACAAAAUGCUAUGUCAAGCCUUAGUACCGAAGAUUUGAAGGAGCUAGCUAGAGUUAUCGUUCAAAACUUGAUGGAGGUUAAGAGGACGAUGGACUCCUCCUCUUUCAACCCUCUUCCUCCCCAAUUUGAUUUUGAAGGGAGUGGAGUUGGUGGUAGCCAACAACUUGCUUGGAGCCAAGAUGAUUUCAUGCCUCCAACUCAUGGGGGAUUUGGCUCUUACAUGGCGCCCAACAUGACAUGUCCUCCUCCGGUCAUGGAGUUUUCGCCUCCUAACAUGGGGUUUGAACUUCCUGACACUCGAUUUGAGACAAAUUAUAUGAAUUUCCAACAUCCUAACUUGGAAUUUCAGCCUCCUAAUAUGGGGUUUGAACUUCCUAACAUUGAUCCUAACAUGGAAUUUCAGCCUCUGCCAUCUGAUUUCCCGCAGAAUGGCAUGUCAUACCCGAGCAACCCACCUCCAUUUCCUCACUACCAUAACGCAGACAUGGGGCCACAUGAUCCAUCUUCACAUUAA